UCUAGGCUGUAACCUUUUGGAAGCAGAUUGCCAAGCUUUUCUUCCUAGGAACCACUGGUUGUACAGAAAGAAGAGGACAUUACUGGGAUCAUCUUUGACCUGCCCAUUUGGAAACUAUUUUUCAGAACAAUGAAUUUUGUAAAGGAAAAUAGUCAAAACCUCAUUCAAAGGAUGGGAAUGACUGUUAUAAAGCAAAUUGUGGAUGAUCUAUUUGUAUUGAAUGUUCUGAAUUAUGAAGAAGUAAACAUCAUUUGCUGUGAGAAGGUCGAGCAGGAUGCUGCAAGAGGAACCAUUCAUAUGAUUUUAAAGAAGGGUUCAGAGGCCUGUAACCUCUUUCUUAAAUCUCUUGAGAAGUGGAACUAUCCUCUAUUUAAGGACUUAAAUAGACAAAGUUUUUUUGAUCAGAUGUCAGAAGAUGACUUAGACAAUUUGGCACAAGAUUUAAAGAAGUUAUACCAUACCCCAUCUUUUCUGAACUUCUAUCCCCUGGGUGAGGAUAUUGACAUCAUUUUUAAUUUGAAAAGCACCUUCACAGAACCUGUUCUGUGGAGGAAGGACCAACACCAUCAUCGCGUGGAGCAGCUGACCCUGAGUGGUCUGCUGGAGGCCCUUCAGAGCCCCUGCCUCAUUGAAGGGGAAUCAGGCAAAGGGAAAUCCACUCUGCUCCAGCGAAUCGCCAUGCUCUGGGCCUCUGGAAAGUGCAGGGCUUUGGCCAAGUUCAAAUUUGUCUUCUUCCUCCGACUGAGCAGGGCCCAGGGUGGACUCUUUGAAACCUUGUGUGAUCAACUGCUGGAUAUGCCUGACAAGAUCUUGAAGUGGACUUUCAGGGCCACACUGCUAAGGCUACAGCAAAGUGUUCUUUUUCUCCUUGAUGGCUACAAUGAAUUCAAACCUCAGAAAUGCCCAGAAAUUGAAGCCCUGAUUAAGGAAAAUCACCGCUUCAAGAAUAUGGUCAUUGUCACUACCACCACUGAGUGCCUGAGGCACAUCAGGCAGUUUGGCGCUCUGACUGUCGAGGUGGGAGAUAUGACAGAGGACAGUGCCCAGACUCUCAUCCAGGAAGUGCUGAUAAAGGAGCUUGCUGAAGGCUUGUUGAUGCAGAUGAAGAAAUCCAGCAGUUUGAGGAAACUGAUGAAGACCCCUCUCUUUGUGGUCAUCACUUGUGCAAUCCAGAUGGGGGAGACUGAGUUCCACGCUAGCACACAAACAACGCUGUUCCAUACUUUUUAUGAUCUGCUGAUACAUAAAAACAAGCAUAAACAUAAAGGCAUAGCUGCAAGUGAAUUUACUUGGAGCCUCAAACACUGCGGAGAUCUAGCUCUGGAAGGUGUGUUCUGCCACAGGUUUGAUUUCAAACCUGAGGAUUUGUCCAGCGUGAAUGAGGAUGUACUACUGACAACUGGACUUCUUUGUAAAUACACAGCUCAAAGGUUCAAGCCAAAGUAUAAAUUCUUUCAUAAAUCAUUCCAGGAGUACAUAGCAGGACGAAGACUCAGCAGUUUGUUGACAUCUCAUGAGCCACAGGAGGUGACCAAAGGGAAUGGUUACCUGCAGAAAAUGGCUUCCAUUUCAGACAUUACAUCCAUGUAUAGUAACCUGCUCCUGUACACGUGUGGCUCAUCUACCGAAGCCACCAGGAUUGUUAUGAAACAUCUUGCAACAGUGUAUCAACAUGGCAGCCUCCUUGGGCUUUGCAUUGCCAAGAGGCCUCUCUGGAGACAGGAAUCUAUGCAAAAUGUGAAAAACACCAAUGAGCAAGAAAUUUUGAAAGCCAUAAACAUAAACUCCUUUGCAGAGUGUGGCAUCAAUUUAUUCCAUGAAAGUAUGUCCAAAUCAGCACUAAGCAAAGAAUUUGAAGCUUUCUUUCGUGGUAAAAGCUUAUAUAUUAACUCAGAGAACAUUCCUGGUUACUUAUUUGACUUUUUUGAACACUUGCCUAAUUGUGCAAGUGCUCUGGACUUCAUUAAAUUGGACUUCUAUGGAAAAGCUGUGGCUGCAUGGGACAAGACUGUAGAAGACCCCAGCAGGACCCACACAGGAGAGUCCUCAGAAACCUACAUUCCCAGCAGGGCUGUGUCUUUGUUCUUCAAUUGGAAGCAGGAAUUCAAGACUCUGGAUGUCACACUCCGAGAUUUCAACAAGUUGAGUAAGCAAGAUAUCAAAUAUCUGGGGAAGAUAUUCAGCUCCGCCACAAGCCUCAGACUGCACAUUAAGAGAUGUGCUGGCAUGGCUGGACGCCUCAGUUCUGUACUCAGCACCUGUAAGAACAUUCAUUCUCUCAUGGUUGACGCCAGUCCACUAACCAUAGAAGACGAGCAGCACAUCACGUCUGUGACAAACCUGAAAACCUUGACCGUUCACGAUCUGCAGACUCAGCGACUGGCAGGUGGUUUGACUGACAGCUUGGGUAAUUUAAAUAACAUUACGAAGCUCAUACUGGACAACAUUAAGAUGAAUGAGGAGGAUGCCAUAAAACUAGCUGAAGGUCUGACAAACCUGAAGAAGUUGUGUUUACUUCGUUUGACCCACUUGUCUGACAUUGGUGAGGGAAUGGAUUACAUAGUCAAGUCUCUAUCAGCUGAACCUUGUGACUUUGAAGAAAUCCAAUUAGUCGCCUGUUGCCUGUCUGCAAAUGCCAUGAAAACCCUAGGUCAGAAUCUUCAUAAUUUGGUCAAACUGAAAAUUCUUGAUUUAUCUGAAAAUUACCUGGAAAAGGAUGGAAAUGAAGCUCUACAUGAACUGGUUUGCAGGCUGAACAUCCUGGAACAGCUAGCUGCGCUGAUGCUGCCUUGGUGGUGUGAUGUGCGAGUGAGUCUGACCAGCUUGUUGGAGCAACUGAAAGAGGCCCCACAACUCAUCAAACUUGGGAUGAAAAACUGGAGACUCACAGAUGCAGAGAUUAGAAUUUUAGAUACAUUCAGGUUACUGGAGAAAACAAUUUGGCAGAUAGGUAUGUUAUUAGUUCAUAAUAACAAGUUUUAGCAAAAAUAUUUAGAACCAAAUGAUAAGAAAACCCUACAUACCAAAACCUGUGGCAUGCAACAAAAGCAAAUCUUGAAGGGAAUUCUUAUAGCCUUAAAUCCUUAUGUUAGAAAAGAAAAAAAGGCUGAAAAUUAAUAAGUUACUCUUCUAGUUUAAGAAGCAAGAAAAAGAAAAACAGAGUAAACCUCAAGUUAAUAAAUAAGUCUAAAAGUAUACAUCAAUGAAAUAAAAAACAAAAAAUACAAUAGAGUAAAUUAACAAGCUUGAAGUUGGUUUUAAAAAGAGUAACAAAAUAGACAAAAGUCAAGCAAUACUGAUCGAGAAAAUAGUAACAUAAAUAAUUUAAUUAAUUAAAAUAAAGACAUAAGCACACAAAUGCUUAUAGGAGCUUUAUUCAUAAUUGCCAAAACCUGAAGCCAACCAAGAUAUCCUUCAAUUGAUGAAUGGAUAAACAAACUAUGGAAUAUCCAUACAAUGGAAUAUUGUUUAGUGGUAAAAAGAAAUGAGCUACAAGCCACAAAAAGGUGUGGAUGAAUCUUAAAUGCGUAUCACUAAAUGAAAGAAGCAAGUCUGAAAAGGCUAUAUACUGUAUGAUUACAAAGACAAACUAUAGAGACAGUCAAAUGAUCAGUGGUUGCCAGAGGUUUGGGGUGAGGUGAAAAGUGGUUGAAUAGGUACAGCACAGGUGAUUUUUUAGGGCAGUGAAACUAUUCUAUAUGAUACUGUAAUUGUGGCUACAUGACAGUAUUCAUUUGUCAAAACCCACACAACUUCACAGUACAGAGAGUGAACUGUCUUAGGCUGGGUUCUGAAGAGAAGCAAAACCAGUAAAGCAUGUAAGUAUAUAGAGAGAUUUAUAUCAAGGAAACAGCUCAUGCAAUUGU